AUGGCAAUCAUUCCGUCGAUUCUGAUGCUUAGGACGCCAGGGUCAACGUUUCUACUUCGAACCAGACUCACUCGUCCAUUCUCCCUAUCCUCAUCGCGGUUAUCGGGCUCUAAUGAAAACGUCACGCCAAAAUGCCCUGACAGAUCUUCAAACACAAAAGAUGAGCCAUCUUCGCCCUCUACUAAACCCCUCGAGCAAAAGAAAGCCAAGCCCGUACUGCAAGCGGACGCCGAGCUUCGUGAACGCUUGGAACAAAUGUCUGGCGAUGGAGGAACUGCAGGGAUAGAAUACGAGGAUGGAAAACCGAAUACUAUGAAGCGCAGCGUACGCAACAACAUGUUUCGUUUGAUAUGA